CGGACGCGUUCAACAUUUUCACUCCUCUUCACCCCGAGCUCGAGUUUUUAGGCCUCUCCUCUCGGUUUGCGUUGGUGGUGCCUGCGCUUGCUUCGCAUCCAAUGACUGUGCUUAAGGUCGCAUCACUUCGACGAUUCAUGUUGUUUCUAGCUUCUCAGCAGGUGUUGGUGACGAAGAAUUGAUGAGGUUGUCGGAGUACGCCACUGCGGAGGGAUUGCUCUUAGUUCGUUUCGGCGCUUCAUGAGUUUAGGAGAAGGUGUAAUGGAAAUUGGCGUUGGAUCUUCGUAGCUGCUGUAGUGGAAUUUAUAUCGUUCACGUUGUUCGUCGCUUAUGGUGAGGUGUUGGAAGCCGGCGGAACUGGCGGACUUGAUCUGCCAGCGUUUUGCAAUUGAGGACAUUAAUUCUGCCAUUCGUGUUAAUGAGGAUGCUCCUUGGGAAGUAAAUCGAGUUGUGCGGUUUUGUGUAUGUUGUACGAUUGGAUUGGAAUUGAAUUGAUGCAAAAUUGGCGUUCAAGGUUCCUGAUGGCGGAUUUUUAUUUGCUCGGAAGUGCGUUAUGGCUAUGAAGCAUUUUGCAGCAAGAUUGAAAGGGAGGCAACAUUUCAGCUCAAGAGCAGGAGCGGUGCUGCCUCCCGGAGCCGCGGCUAGUGAGUCUGAGCCGUGAACGGCACGCGCUGUUACGAUUUCAGUAGACGUACACUGUUGUAUCAUUUCCACGCCACUGAAGACUUCUUCUUAGAGCUUCGAUGUGAUUUCUAAGACCUUCAUCCACCUAGGGAGCGCAACACUUCUGCUGCUUUCGCGCUGUUAUCCAUUAGAUCAAUUCUUUUGCGGGUCUCUUUAUCAAGCUUCAGGGUAUAGACUCCACUUCACGAGCAUUAUCAACAUGGUUGUUCAAGAUCAGGACGGUGUGCUGUUUGGAUGCUCAAUCUUCGUUUCCACUUGGUUUCGCGCAGUACGUGCAAUGGAAGUAUCCAAGCUUUGGAAUUCAAAGCCUGGCUGUUGAGCAGGUUAGCCUUAGGUUAGACAAUGGAAAGAAGCUGACACAGCUGCCGAAGUUUUAGUAUGCAUUUCAGAUGUGUUUUUAACUCAACUAACGUAUACGAGUAAAUAGGGCUUUCGAGGUGAUUUAUGAGGUUCGAUGUCUCGUCUGAAGAAGGCUUGAUGCCGGGAAGGCGGGGAAGAAAGAAAGCGUUUAGAUGCAGGACCUGUUGGAGGUAUCAAUUCCGGCUGUGGUCUUCAUCCCCUUGUUCGUAGUCUGCGUCACACUCUGGCGCUGGUAUCAGUGGAAUGUCCAGUCAGGCGAAAUCCGGAGGGUCGAAUUCAUCAAAUUCCAACUCUUAGCUAGAGAUGAAAAGGAGAGAGCUGAAAAAGCGUACGAGGAUUACAAUCGACAGCAGGGGUACAUUCGUCGGAGACAGGAUGCUCAACAGAGGCCAGUUGAUUACAGAGUCGAUUAUCGGAGCCAGCCAGCUGCAGGAAAUGAUUACCCCAGGCGUGUACAGUUUCAGCAGGAUCAUGUAUAUGGUGCUGGUGUACGGUAUCCUAGGAGACAAGACGAAGAAGAAGUUCGACGGAGAAAGUGGGCUGAAGAAAGGAGAGGAGUUGGAGUGGAUGAGUUUCGAAUUAAACAAGCCGAAGAGUAUUAUCGAACAAAGCAGGCUGAGUUGGAGGUCCUCCGGAGAAAGCAAGCCGAAGCCGAGGAGGAAGAACGUAGGCAAAGGACAAAAGCUGAUACCGAUAUCAGACUGAGACUUGCAGAAGAGGCUGACAGAAAGAGAUUUGAAGCUGAGGUAGAAAGAAAGCGGCUUGCAGAGGACGAGGAAAGAAAGAGAUUUGAAGCUGAAGUAGAGAGAAAGAGACUUGCAGAGGACGCGGAAAGGAAGAGAAUUGAAGCUGAGGUAGAGAGAAAUAGACUUGCGGAAGAUGCGGAAAGAAAGAGAAUUGAAGCUGAGGAAGAGGAAAAGAAGAGAUGGGCGGAGAUAGAUGAAAUCAGCAGGAAAGCUGUGCUAGAAGCUCAAGCCAAAGCAUUGGGCGAGGAAAGAGAGCAUAUGCGAAUGGAAGCAGAGGAAAUUAGUCAUAAAAGGACCCAAGGCCUUAUUUGCAGUGUUUGUUCCAAACGAACGAAACAAAGAUGUUCUAGAUGCAAAGACGUACUUUACUGCUCUCGAGAAUGCCAAGUGAAGCACUGGAAUGACGGUCAUAGGGAAGACUGUAUCGGACUUGAUUCGAGUAGCAGCCCUGAAAGCUCAAAUGGAGAUUUUCGGAAUUUUUCUGACGUGCUCACACCAAGGAGCUCAAGAAGUGAUACGAGUGUUGAUGAAUCUGUAGCACCAUCACUUUCGCCUGCUCUUUCUCCUGCACCCACACUUGGUAUUUCUACGGUUUCAGAUUCUGCCCCAGUUUCUCCUCAAAUGGGUCCGUUGCUGAAGACGUUCUCAACUGUGUCAGAAGAUGGACGCCGCAUGAAGCCUAAGAAGAUAUUAUUUCCUUAUGACGACUUUGUAGUGCUGUUCGACGCGAAUAUUGAAUUUCUUCCUUGUGGUCUGCUGAAUUGUGGAAACAGCUGCUUCGUUAAUGCCGUUUUACAAUGUUUCACAUAUACGCAGCCUUUGGUUGCCUACCUGCUUUCUGGAGAUCAUGGUAGAAAAUGCAAGAAAACGGAUUGGUGUUUUAUAUGUGCUCUGCAAGAACAUGCUGUUAAAGUGAAGCAGCGCAUACCGUUUUCCCCAUCUGGAAUACUUUCACAUCUUAGGAGUAUUGCUAGAGGUCUUAAUUACGGCAACCAAGAAGACGCUCAUGAGUUUAUGAGCUCUGCGAUUCACCUGAUGCAAUCUAUCUGCCUUGAUGAAGCUGGUGGAGAGAAGGGUGUAGAUUCUUGUACUCAGCAGACUACCUUUACCCACCAUAUAUUUGGUGGGCUUUUGCAAUCACAGGUAAAGUGCAAUCAGUGCCAUCUUCAAUCUAAUAGGUACGAAGUCAUGAUGGAUCUUGCCGUGGAGAUCCCGGGAAAUGUCAGAUCACUUGAAGACGCUCUUGGAGUAUUUACAGCUCCUGAGAUAUUAGAUGGCGAGAACAAGUACAAGUGUAACCGUUGUGAUGCAUAUGUGGACGCCUACAAGCAAUUAACUGUGCAUGAAGCCCCUAACAUCCUCGUUGUUACCCUUAAGCGAUUCAAGGGUGGUAGAUAUGGGAAGUUGACGAACUACGUCGCAUUUCCUGAAGUUCUGGACAUGGGCCCGUAUAUGAGUGGGAAUAGAGGCCUCACUCCUGUCUACAAUCUUUAUGCUGUUGUUGUCCAUGCGAGUGUAUCGAACGCUGCACAUAAUGGGCAUUACUUCUGCCUAGUGAAGAAUCCCAAUGGAUAUUGGUAUCGAGCUGAUGAUGCCAAGGUGACGGAAGUUGGUGUAGACUGGGUAACGUCUCAGGAAGCUUACAUACUUCUUUACAAGAGGUCGAGAUCACGGUCCGUGGAUUUUGAGGAUGAUACUCUUGAUCAAUUGAGUUUCGUUGCACAGGAUGAGUACGUGCGUACUGUGUUAGCAUCGCAUCCUCAACCUCAGUACAUGUCCGUGCGUAUGCCUUCUUGGGCCUCCCCUAUUACGGAUCCUUUUGAUACUCCCUACCAUUAUAGGUGGUAUUAGAUUUCUGUCUCUCGUAGGGAAACAUUCUAUUUUGACCGCAUUGUAUCUACAUCUAACCAUGGAAGCUCACUAGCGACCUUAAAUAACAUGAGAAAGCUGGAACUUCAUAGACUGUAGAUGAUGACUGAUAAUCAUUAACAAAACAGGUUUGAGUUUAUUGGAAAAUC